CGCGGCACUCAGUUCAUAUACUGUAAUCCAAUACUGCGCACGUGAAAAAAUGUUCUCGCCGCGAGUUCUAGUAGCUUUUGCUGUCUUGGCAGCUGUUGCAGCGUUGCCGGCUGACAAGCCGGCGCCGCGGCCGGUUACCACCAUAACCGACGAAGAUUUCGAUGACAGCCCAUGGUUCAGUUUCCCCCUCUUCGGCAAUCUCUUCGCUCCACUAUGGCGACUCUUCCCCAGUUUCGCCGACAUCGGACCUAGGAUUAUAACUGACGAUAACAAGUUCCAAGUCGUAGUCAACGUUAAGGAUUACAAGAAGGAAGAUCUAAAGGUCAAAGUGAAAGGAGAUUUCAUCUUCGUGCAAGGAUCUCACGAGGCGAAACAAGACGAUCGUGAUGUCUUCGCAAGCCAGUUCUUCCACACUUACACUCUGCCAGCUAACUGCAGCGGGUCUGAUGUUAACGCUGAGCUAUCCAGCGACGGUUACCUAGUCGUGAGUGUACCUUUGAACCCAGAAGGAGCUGUAAAGCCUAAAGAAGAUCGUGAAGUUCCCAUAGUAGAGUCUGGAGUGCCUUACCAAAAAGAAGAGAAAACUGAAUCGACAACUACCGUUGAACCGGUGUCAGAAGACGAUAGAAAAGAACCAACCACGCCAUCGGAACGUGAAGAAGUAACAGAGAAGGAUAACGAUAUCCCGCAUGGAAACGAAAUACCGGUCUAAAGUGAUAUAGUUUUAAGGUCUUAAUUAUAACUACGUAAUAAAUAUUUUUCUAUUUAA